AUGCAGCCCAUGCAUGACAAUGACCACGUACCAAGCUCCCCGCAGGCUGCUGCGCCCGCUCCUAUCAGCACCGACACCACCCUUGCUGUCUACAUGGACUCGAUCCGCACCGUCGUCGCUCCUCCACUUCUUCCUACUCUGCGGCGGCGUCGGCAUGCCGUUCCCCUCGACUUCACCCCGCGCAGGAGUGAUCAUCUCGCCAAGGCCGAUCGUGGGCUGAACUCGGAGAUGAAGGCCAAGCGAGUUCUCUUGCGGCGUCUGGGCCUCUUGCAGGAUGACGAGGUCAUUUCAAACGCAACCCUGAACAAAUAUGCCAAGCUCUUCGAGCGCCCGCUCGCUGUCGAUGUGAUCCAGAAUGUGUGUGGCUUGAACUCCGGAGCCAAGUGCACCACUGUCUGUAGUGUCGUCGCCUCCGACAUGCCUUCCAUCAUCUGCCUCCAAGAGACCGAGCUCGCCCUCGUCAUGCUGUCGCUUGUGGUCGAAGCGCUCGGGCCUUCCUUUGAUGGCUUCUUCUUUCUACCCGCGGUCAAGACCCGUGGGGGCAUUCUGCUGGCUUGGUGUAGCUCCGUGAUUUCCGUGUCCAACCCUUCCUAUGGCUCCCACCACAUCUCGGCGGCGCUCGCUGGAGACCGGCACUGGUGGCUCACUGGAGUCUACGGGCCUCAAAGCGACCCCGAGAAGAUGCAAUUCCUGGCAGAUCUGCAAGAGGAGCGGGCUAACUGCGCUGGUCCCUGGGUCCUUGGCAGCGACUUUAACAUGAUUGCUUCCCCCGCCGACAAAAACAACCCGCGCCUUAACUUGCGCAUGCUUCGGCGUUUCCGGCGGUUCAUGGCUGAUUUGGAGUUGCGUGACCUCUACCUCCACGGUUUCCGGUAUACUUGGUCCAAUGAGAGGGAUAACCCCACGCUUGUCCGGAUUGACCGGGUGCUUUGCACCCUCGCGUGGAACGAGGCCAAGCCGCACUGUCUUCUUUGUUGCCUUUCCUCGGCUGCCUCCGACCACUGCCCCCUCAUGGUGGAUUGCACCGCGAGUUCUCCCGGGCCGCGCCGGUUUCACUUCGAGAGAUUCUGGCCUAAAAUGGAGGGCUUCCAGCAAGUUGUGGCUGAUGGCUGGGUGGAGGAGUCCCAGGAGCCGGACCCCUUCAGGCGCAUUUUCCUUCGGCUUCGUUCCACCGCUCGGCACCUGCAGCGCUGGAGCGCUAGAUCCAUUGGGAGCAUUUCCCUCCAACUCCAGGUCGCCCGUGAUAUUAUUGCGCGCUUCGACGCUGCCCAAGACUCCCGGCCUCUCUCCACUUCAGAAUCGUGGUUUCGUCACCGCCUCAAGUGUGCCUAUCUCGGCCUUGCGUCCAUCGAGCGUUCGAUUCUGCAUCAGCGCGUCCGCCUCUCGUGGCUCCGCAGCGGCGAGGCUUCCUCUGCCUUUUUGCGCAUCCAUGCCGUCCAGCGCAAGCAAAAGAACAGGAUCCUCUCGCUCCGCUGUGGCGAUGAGGUCAUCACCGGGGCAUGCGACCUCUCUCGGGCCGCGUACGAGCAUUUUUCGGCCAUCUUGGGGACCGCCGACGCGCGCGUCUUCUCCCUCCGUCCCAACUCAAUCGAUCCCAGGCAUUUCGACCUCUCAGUGUUAGACUGCCCUUUCUCCAAGGACGAGGUCUGGCAGGCCAUUAAACUGCUGCCUACCGGCAAGGCGCCGAGCCCAGAUGGCUUCUCGGCGGAGUUCCUCCGGCACUGCUGGGACACGGUCAAGGGAGACCUCAUGGAGGCGUUUGAUAAGUUCUAUCAUAUGAAUGGUCGCGGUUUCCAUUGCCUGAAUGAAGCCUUCAUCACCCUCCUCGCGAAGCGCCCCAACGCCUCUUCUCUGUCUGACUACCGGCCGAUUAGCCUGAUUCAUCUGGUUGCCAAACUUGUUGCCAAAGUUCUCGCCCUGAGGCUCGCCCCGCGGCUUGGGGAGCUUCUUUCGGUCAACCAGAGUGCUUUCAUCGCCGGGCGCUGCAUCCACGACAAUUUUAUGCUGGUUCAGCACACAGCGCGCCACCUUCACCAGGCCGGUGCCCACCGGGUCCUUCUCAAGCUCGACAUCUCCAAGGCAUUCGACUCCGUCUCUUGGCCCUUCUUGCUCGAGAUCCUUCCCCACCUCGGCUUCAGUCGGAGAUGGUGCGAGUGGGUGACCAUCCUGCUAUCUACGGCCAGCACGCGUGUCAUCAUGAACGACUCGCUGGGGCCGCCGAUUCUCCACGCCAAAGGACUACGGCAGGGCGACCAGACUUUUGGCGAGGCUUCUGGUCUUCACUCCAACAUGGCUAAAUCUUCGGCCACCCCCAUCCGGUGCUCUCCAGAGGAGAUCGAGAUCGUGGCUAGUGAGCUGGAGUGUCCCAUCACCUCCUUCCCUUUGAUCUACUUGGGCCUCCCCUUGUCGCUCCGCAAGGUGCCAGCCUCUGCCCUUCAGCCCAUGGUCGAUCGCAUGGCAACAAAAUUGUCCACUUGGCGCGCUUCGAUGCUGUCCAGGGGCGAGCGCCUUGCCCUUGCCCGACAUGUGCUCUCCGCCAUGCCGACUCACAUCAUGAUGGCCAUCGCCCUGUCCGUGCCUACCCUCAAGCAGAUCAAUCGGAUCAUUUCCUCUGGCACGGCCGCCGCGAUGCCUCCGCUGGACAUUGCCUGGUCAACUGGCAGAAGAUGGGGCAGCGCACUGCAGCAGCUGUCCCAGUAG